AGCCCCACAUAGGUAGUUGAUUACAUCGAUCGUCGCCGCGUAAAGUCAUUAUCAUGUUCACUUUCGUUCGGACAAGCAGUGGUCGUCACUUGUGGACAAUCCGCCGUUGUCAGUAUAAUUAGUAGUUCUCUAGUGGAUCGUGUUGGUAUCAUCAAAGGAAAAGCGUAGUUCAAUCCGGUCACUACUGAUAGGGAGCAGAGACCCUUUUUCCGUUGAUUACAAAUAUAUAUCAAUGAUAGUUGAAGAUCCCGACUCAGAAGACGUGUAAUUAGCGGAGAGUGAAGAACACCGGCUGAGCAGCUUUCUCCUAGCAGUACUUAGUGUGUUCCAUUUCUUUUUAGAUCGACCCAAAAAUCAAACAUAAUGGUCAGUCCCAGCCAAAAUAUCCUGUACGUGGCAAGCGUACUCCUAGUUCUGUUAGCCACAUUCAGCGAAGCCAAAGUUUUCAAAAAAUGUGACCUGGCCAAGGAACUGGGCAAGAACGGAAUUUCCCGCACAUUCCACGGCAACUGGAUAUGUCUGGCCAACGCCGAAAGCGGUUUGGAUACCACCAAGGUGACGCAGAUGCCGAACCUGACUGCCAGUUACGGAAUCUUCCAAAUCAACAGCAAACAGUGGUGCCGAUCGGGACGGAAAGGUGGCGUGUGCAAUAUGAAGUGUGAAGAUUUUCUGGAUGACAACAUCACCAACGACAUCGAGUGCGUCAAAAUCAUCCAGAGUCGGUUAGGAUUCAACGGCUGGCCUGUUUGGGUGAAAAAGUGCAAGGGCAAGGAACUGCCCAACAUUUCCAACUGUUACAUUUAGACAAAAAAGUUAAGCUCAAUGGCACAGGUGCCAACCGAUUGUGAUACGUCAAGGUUUUCCAAAUAAUGCAUUUCACUCUUAAGCGUACCUUGAAUCAGGCAAAUAAACCUACCUACAAGACUACUUAAACAACCUUGCAACCAA